AUGGAUCUUGGUCUGAACAAACUUUCUGGUUCCCUUCCUCAAGAACUUGGAAAUCUAACCUCUCUUAGGGGACUCUUUUUGGAUGGUAACAUCCUCACGUGCAUGAUACCUAUAUCUAUAGGAAACUUGGGCAACUUAACCAGUUUAUAUCUCAGUGAUAACAAGCUUUCUGGAUCCAUUUGUAAUGAAAUUGGGAUGCUUAAAUCUCUUACUCGGCUUGCUCUGCAAGACAACAAUCUCUCAGGUUCAAUUCCUACUUCUAUAGGAAAUUUAGGCAACCUGAGUGCUCUCUUCCUCAAUGACAAUAAACUUUCUGGACCCAUACCUCAAGAAAUUGGCAAGUUGGGAUCUCUUUUUCAGUUGGGCCUGUAUACUAACAAUCUUUCUGGUCCGAUUCCUACUUCUAUAGGAAACCUGACCAACUUGUAUCUGCUAUCCCUUGCUGAAAACAAUCUUUGGGGAUCUAUCCCAUCCUCUCUUGGGAACAUGAAGAAUCUCAAAACCUUGGAACUUUUUAUGAAUAAGUUAUCAGGCAAUAUCCCACUAGAAAUAGGAAAGCUCAAACUUCUUACCGCUUUAGAGUUGUUUACGAAUGAGCUUAAUGGCUCCAUCUCAUUCGAAUUUAAUAAUCUUACAAACCUGAAGUAUUUGGGAUUGGAGGAAAACAUGUUGACUGGUUAUCUUCCACGAAAUGUUUGUAAUGGUGGGUCCCUUCAAAACUUCACAGCAUUUGACAAUAAUUUCGUAGGUUCCAUUCCAAUAAGUUUGAGAAAUUACACUAGCUUAGUACGAGUAAGGCUUGAGAGGAACCAGUUAAGAGGAAAUUUAUCAGAAGACUUUGGCAUAUACCCAAAUUUGAUGUAUAUCGAUUUGAGUUAUAACCAUUUCUAUGGGGAACUUUCUCAAAAGUGGGGGCAGUGCCAAAGUCUGCAAAGCUUAAAAAUCUCCAAUAAUAGAAUUUCUGGUGUAAUACCUCUUGAGCUUGGAAGAUCCACUGAGAUACACAUACUUGAUCUCUCGUUCAAUCAUCUAGUUGGGCAGAUUCCAAAGGAAUUAGGAAAGUUGACAUCAUUGUUUCUCCUUCAUUUGGGUGAUAAUCAACUUUCUGGUAGUAUUCCAUCAGAAAUUGGGAUGCUAUCCAAUCUGCAAUUUCUUAUUCUUUCAUCCAACAAUUUAACAGGAUCAUUUCCCAAACAAAUAUUGGAGUCCACUUUUGGUGAAAUGUCAAGCUUGACCAAUGUUGAUAUAUCAUACAAUUGCUUGGAAGGUCCUCUACCCAACAAUAAGGCCUUUAGCGAGGCUCCAUUUGAAGCAUUAAGAAAUAAUAAAGAGCUUGCAUAUACAAUGGAAGUGAAUGAAAAAUGUGAUGUUUAUAGAUUAGGAGUGUUAACAUUGGAAGUGAUCAUGGGAAAUCAUCCAGGAGACCUCAUUUCAUUUCUCUCAUCAUCAUUUUCAUCAUCAGCAACAACUUCAACCACCCAUGAUAUACAAUUGAAGGACAUUUUAGAUCAAUGCCUCAAAUCUCCUAGAAAUCAAGUCGCAUUCAAAGUGGUCUUGAUUGCAAAGCUUGCAUUGGCAUGCUUGGCAACCAAUCCAAAAUCUAGGCCAACCAUGCAAGAGGUUUCCAAGAAGCUAUCUAUUGAAAAAGCACCUACACUGGAGGUGGUCGACAUGCUUACCUUCAGUUUACGAUUGAACAAUGCUUGA